CAUUAUAAUCAAGUUAUUAGAAAUGAUAAUUUUAUUGAAAAAUUAAAAAAAAAUUUACAAUUUGCAAGUACGAUAAAUGAUGAUUAUAAUAAUUUUAAAAAGCAAUUAGAAAAAAUUACAAAUCAAUUAAAAGAAUGUAAACAACAAAGAUUACUUGAUAUAAAUUUAAUUCAAGAAUUAGAAACUAAAAAUAAUCAAUUAAUAACUAAAAAUAAUCAAUUAAAAGAAAAUGAACAACAAAGAUUAUUUUAUAUAAAUUUAAUUAAAGAAUUAGAAACUAAAAAUAAUCAAUUAAUAACUAAAAAUAAUCAAUUAAUAGCUAAAAAUAAUCAAUUAAAAGAAAUAAUUAAUUUUAAUUUUAAUAAUCAACAAAUAUAUUGGCUUUCAAAAUAUAAUCCUGUUAUUAUUGAAUUUAUAAAAACUAUUACAUAUAAUGAAAAUGAAACUCAAUAUACUGGUGAAAAAUUAUUUAAAUAUGCAAUU